CCUCCUCCGGACCAUAGAGCCGAACGCUUAGCCACCGCGAGCGGGCUCCCUGUGCAUUGAGUUGAGCCAACCAGAAGGAAGACAAGCGGGUGUAGGGGCGAAGCUGAAGCCGAAGGCGGGGGCAGUGCGCGAGCUGUGGGGGACCUGGGUGCAGCCGUGCGUUGUUUGGUGGGGCAAGGGCAAGGCAGCCACAUCGAAGCAGAUGGCGAGUGGGAACUGGCCCGGUGAGGGUCUCCCUCGACCGCGGGGCCAUUGAGACGUGCCAGAUGCCGGAGCCUUUCUCUAGGACUGACUACCUAGUUCUUUUGCUCGGGGAAGUGAAAUUUCUCCACCUCUUGCUCGGAGCGAGACGACAGCCCAGAGUCCCAGGUGCACUUUGGAGAGGAGCGGAGAGUCGAGCGCCCAAGUCCUGAUUGUCUAAGGAGAACAGGCUGCUGUGCAGUCCGGAGUCCAGCAGGUGCCGGCUCUUGCUCUCACCCCGCCUCCGGGCCGGGGGAAGGAGCGCUGGGGGAGUCUGUCUGCCUUUCCCACCCAAGGCAGAGGUGUUCUUUGGUGCUAGUGUAUUAGAACAGGAGAAUAGCACAACUUAACGGAGAUGCACCGGUGAUCUGGGAGCUAAUACAAGGAGAGAGAGAAAGAGAAUAAGAGAGAGAGAGAGAGGGGAGGAGGAGGAAAAAAGUCACUUCUCUCCUCCUCCCCACCUGAAGGUUUCCAGAGCUUCCCUCUCGGGACCGACAUGGCUAAAAACACGUCGGAAGGGUCGGGUAAGGAAGAUCUGAGCAAGGUUCCAGACGAAGAGCUGCUACGCUGGAGCAAAGAGGAGCUGGCUCGUCGGCUGCGGCGGGCAGAGGGCGAGAAGAUGGGCCUCAUGGUUGAACACGGGAACCUGAUGAAGGACGUAAACCGGAGGCUGCAAUUGCACCUCCAUGAGAUCCGCAGCCUCAAGGAGGUCAAUCAGAAACUGCAGGACGACAACCACGAGCUGCGGGAGCUCUGUUGCUUUCUGGACGACGACCGGCAAAAAGGCAAGAAGCUGUCGCGCGAGUGGCAGCGCUUCGGUCGCCACACGGCCGGCGUGCUGUGGAAGGAGGUGGCCCUGUCCCAGCAGAAGCUGCGCGAGUUGGAGGCCCGCCAGGAGGCCCUGGUGCGGGAGAACCUGGAGCUCAAGGAGAUCGUGCUCAUGCUGGACGAAGAGCGCAGCGGCGCCGGCUCCCGCAGCUCCAUCGACAGCCAGGCUAGUCUCACCAACCUGGCGGGGGGCGCGGGCGGUGCGGGGCCCCGCGAUGUGGGCGAUGGCAGCAGCACAUCUAGUACGGGCAGCGGCGGCAGUCCAGACCACCACCACCACCCGCUGCACCCUCACGGGCACCUGCCGCCGCCAGGCCCCCAGCAGCAGCAGCAACCCGCUGCCCCUGCGCCCCCUCUUCACAAAGCCGCGGACGCCAAGGCCGGCGCCACCCGGAGAUCCUUGGACGACCUAUCCGCGCCCCUGCACCAUCGGAGCAUCUCCAAUGGACUCAACGACUCCUCUUGCAAUUACAUCAGACAGUUGGAAACAAAGGUGAAACUGCUCGAGGAUGACAACAAGCUUCUCUCUCAGCAGUCCAGUUCUGGGGACUUCAGGACUCUUCGGAAGGGACUAUCUCCAUAUCACUCAGAGUCACAGCUAUCAUCGUUGCCGCAGUACCAGGAUGCCCUGCAGAACGGUCCUGCUCACAUGACAGCCGAGUUUUCUUCCUCCCCUGCAGUGGGCUAUGUCCCUAUGGGACAGAAACCUGAGGCAGUAGUGCAUGCUAUGAAGGUCUUGGAAGUUCAUGAAAACUUGGACAGGCAGAUACAGGACAGUUAUGAGGAAGACCUCAGCGAAAAGGAGAAAGCAAUCGUCCGUGAAAUGUGCAAUGUUGUAUGGAGAAAGCUUGGAGAUGCAGCAAGUUCCAAACCUUCCAUCCGACAGCACCUUUCAGGAAACCAGUUCAAGGGGCCCUUGUAGGAGUUUUGCUCUGAAGACUGGGAAUGAGUGUAUAGGAGGAACGACUUCUUAGGAAUGGGACAAUGAGAGAUGCAUAAGAGAGAGGGACCUCUCACUCUCUGGCUGCCAGAAUUAUUUUUGUGGUGUUCUUUGUAAAUAUGGCAGCUUUGGCCUACUGUUCUCUUGAGGUCCUGAGAUGGCUUUUCAUGGGGAAGCAACCCUUUUCCAUAUACUGAAAAUAGACUCCUGAUCAUCCUGUUUCAGAAAUACCCAAUUGAAGAGGUUUUGGUGGCCAAUAAAGCCUCUCUCACCUGCUUGAUUAUAUGGCUAGCUUUUCCCAUAUUUGUUACUAAAAUGGCUUUUUCCAGAGGAAAUUAGAAUGAGAUGCAAAUUCUUGUUGGAUUUUUCAAAACAUAGCCUAGAUGUUCCACUUUCCUUCUGGGGGGUUGUCAGUCAUAUAGUUCCUGGGGUCAUGAUGGUAUGGGGAGGGGGAAUGACCAAUUUUUGAUAAGUCUAGUUUCUACUCUUAGAAUCCCCUAUGGGAAAAGACCCUCAAGAUAUCAGAAGAUUCAUCUCAUCCUGUCUCAUACUUAAUCCAACCCAGAAAGAAACUAAUGAGAUUUUGGGCUUCUUUUGUUUCCUUUACUUACCUCAGAAUAAAAGUUAUCAUGUGAUUUUUCUCCCCCAUGUGAAUAACUUUCCUUAUUAUACUAUGGACCACAAUACCAGUUCAUGCUGAACAUUUAUGUCUUGAUAAAUAUGACCUAGUAUCAACAGUGGCCAAUCCUCACGAUCCACCGGUUUUCUUUUCAUAGUCCAGGUCCUUUCUGCCAUGAGCCAGGUAUAGUUUUUUUUUUUUUUUUUUUGUUUUUUUUUUUUAAAUUUGAGGUUGAAUCCUAUAAGGCAAGUGUAAAAAAAAAAAAAAGUUCAGCCCUCCCAUCAGGGCCUGAAGUGCUCUGUGAAAACACUGAGGAAUUAGUUCUCAGCUGCUCUUUGGUAUGAGUUAAUGCAAAGACCAAAAUGAGUCUUUCCUUUUUUCUAGUCUACUUUUUCUCCCCACUUAAGUCUUGGUUGAGAACUUCAGGUAUCCAAGGAUUUUAUAAAUGUAAAUUUUUUUCCUUCCUACACUUUCCAUAUAGGAGUUCAUUAGUUUGCUGUGGUUUAUUCCUGGGUAGCCCAGACUUUAGUGAUAAGGCUCUCCAGAAAGUGAAUAUUCUUUAGAUGAAAUAAAAUUCUUUUCUUGGGCCCUUCGUGGAAGCUUUUCUUGCUUGAAAGGACUUGACAUGUCUCAUAUUCUGCUGAUAAAAAAGACUUUGAGAAUCUAGAUUCUUAUCAGUUCAUCAUAAAUGGAUGUUUAUAAAAUCUUGAGGGUUUUUGUUCUUCAUUGAAUUGCUUCUUGUUAGGUUUCUUGAUGAUUUUAUAUCACAGGCUACCCUCUUUCCAAUUCAAGGAUGUUUUAGUCCAAUUUAAUAGAAAGAAGGGAAAACAAAGAUCUCUGCAGAAAGUAAACAUUGCCAUCUCAGAAAUAUCCCUUGCUUAUUUACACACACACACACACUUUAGACUUGGGACUUCAAAAACUAGCCCUUGACAAGUGGUCAUUUGAUCUUUGCUUAAAGAUCUCCAGUGGUAGAGGAAAGCAACUAAUUCCUAAUUUCACUUUGGGACAAAUAGCUCUAAUUACUGGGAAGUUUUCCCCUCAUAUCAAGCCUAAAUUUACCUCUAAUUGCAAUUUCUAGCCAUUGCUCCUAGUAAUGAUCUCUGUGGCCAAACAUAAUGAAUCAAAUUUUUCUGUUAUAUAGCUUUUAAAUAUUUGAAGGCAGCUGUCAAAUCUCUCUAGCCCUUUAGAUCCAUGCUUUUAUGGAUUGGACACAAGGACUUUUGUCAUUCUAGUUGCACCUAUUCUUCCCCCUCUUUUCCUUCCCCUUACCCCCAGUUUCUCCACAUCCUUUCUAAAAUGUAGUGAAGAAAAUUGAAGACCAUUCUUUAGGUGUGGUCCAACCAGGGCCAAAUAAAAAAAAUAUAUCACUUUAUUCCAUAAAUUCUGCCUUUCUUCAUGCACAGCACAAGAAAACAGCUAUUCUUGGCUGCCACAUACUAUCAACUCAUAUUGAGCAUGGAUUUUUAAAAAUCCCUAGACCUUUUCUAAUGAACUACUAUCUGACCCAAUCUUGUAUUUGUGGCUUUUUGGAACUUGCAUAAGCCUUUACAUCUAUCCUUAAUAACAUCUCAUUACAGUUGGUCUGAUUUUCUAACCUAUUACAGUGUUUGGCUUGCAAAGUUGAUAAGGAUGGCAUCUCCACUUAUCUAAAUCUUUGACAAAACUAUUAUAGUUCAAGCAUAUAGCCCUGAUCCUAUGAAGUUCAUGGAAUUAUUGAUAUACUGACCAUGAACCAUUUAUCCAUUUCUGAAUCAAUGCAAAUGAGCGAAAUUCAGUUUAAUAAGAGACGACAUCUCUGAUGUGUAUUUGGAAAUGAUUUGGCUAAGACAACUCCACAAAGCAGCAAUAAUCAUACUGAUUUGAUCCAUAAAUCCAAAUUCAAAUAGUGUUAGCUCUCAAGACUUUUUGCUAACGUCAAGUUUCCAAACUGGGGUACGUUAUGAAGCAGUUCUCCCACAGAAUCACACCUUUUUGGCAGCACCUUGGCAUGUAAAUUUAGUCUCAUUAAUUUGGCGUCAGCACCAAAACCAGAAAGAGCUAGCUUUUGAGUGGAAGGUGGCACUAAGUUCCCAAAUAAAAUAGAAGCUAUUGUUUCCUAGUUUAAAAUUUUACUUGGGGGACACAAGAAACUUUAUUAAGAGUCCAAGAUAUACCUCUAUCGAAGUACACAGUGGCAUAAGUCUAGAUAUGGAAACAAACACCUGAAUACUAAUGAAUCUUUAAGCCUAUAUUCUAGUUCUUAAUCCUAAAUCUUUCAUGUCUUCCAGAGCAAUUUAAUAACUUUCCUGAAGUUUCAUUAAAACACCUGUACUGCAGUGCUUACUGUCACACUAUGCCGGGGUGACCCAUUGUACCUCAGAAUCCAAACCUGUUAAGCACAAGGCAGCACAUUCUAACUCAAAUGUCAUUAUCAUUGUUUCAGUGUUUAAACAAAAGGAAAGUGACCUUUCAUAUUUUUGAACUGGUGAAGUUAAGAAUGAUACUACUGAUCUUUUAAACAAAGCAUGUGACUACAAAAACAAAACUUUUUUCAUAAAGUGGGGGGUCUUUGCGCUGCUCUGUGGAAAUCUGCUGGCAAAUGUAUGAUUUCUGUAUAGUCUGUGUAUAGACUGUAUAGACAGUGCCCCAUUUAUCCCACCCCCCCAUUUUUCGUAGACUGUGAUUUACAUAAGAACUGGAACAGUUAUAUUCCUACUGUUUUGUGUACAGAGCAAAAAGCCCUUUAGACUUUAGCACGGAUUUUUACCUUUUAUUGAAACCUUUGAUUUUCUUGGGAGGAAAAUACUUUUUGAAUAAUGUGUGGUUAAAAACAUUGAUUUGAAAUAUUUUAGUAAAAUGAAGUCAAGAGAUACGAUUGUGAUAGUGUAUACUUGCAGUUAAAUGAAAUAAACUUCUUUGUAA